CGGUCGGAGCAGCUCAGUGGGGUUUGCUGACUUCCACCCGAGGGGACUUCGCCGUCAGCCCGGGCGAGACCGCCGCGCCGCCUCCAUCACUGCUGGUCUCUGCACACCGCCCAAAGCAACAAAGACAACAUGGCUCCUUUUGAGAAAUCAAUGGAGAUGAUGCCCUUCAAGCAGAGGAAAUGCCUCGAAACAAGGAAAGAUGAAGUGUGCAGCAUUCGGACAAAAUUCCCAAACAAAUUACCUGUGAUUGUUGAACGUUACAUCCGGGAAAAGACUCUCCCCCUGUUGGACAAAACAAAGUUCCUGGUUCCCUUCGAGCUCACCUUGGGUCAGUUCCUCUGCCUGCUCAGGAAUAAGAUUGCCUUGGACUCUACCCAGUCUCUGUUCCUCCUGGUUGCAGAGAAGAGCAUGUCCUGCAUGUCCUCCAGCAUGGGGGAGGUUUAUUCCCGCCACAGAGACACUGACGGUUUCCUCUACAUCACCUACGCCUCACAGGAGAUGUUCGGAGCCCCUCAGCCUGCAGCGCGGCCGCCCUGCUGAGCCUGGAGCACAUAACAUGAACUGAACCGAUGGUGGAGACACCACAUGACCAAACUGAGAACAAAAGCAAAGACUUUUUGUCCAGUUUUUUCACCCCAAAGUCCAUCUCAGCCUACCUCAUGAAACCUGGACUCUCAAACACUUCAAGCUGUGCAACCUCAGCCUAGACUCACUCUGAUGAUGAUGAUGAUGUUUGAGACAGAUUGGUUGUUUGAUUGGAAAGUUAUUGGCUGAAAGAUUUUAAAGAAAAUGUGAUGUUUUUGGUCUGUCUUACAUCUUCACUGGUCAAAAACGUCCAUCCGUUUGUCAGUUAAUUCUGAAACAUGGAGCUGUGUAAAAUUACCGCCACUCUUCUUCACGCCACGCAGACGGGGUCAACAUCUUGCUGCUAACCAGACUCCUUUUUAGCACUUAUCUUCCCCUUCCUCCUCUCCUCUCUUUGACUCAUCCUUUUCUUCCCUUAAAAAUGUGAAACUGUGCUCCAGGAGAGAAAAACAUGGAUGUCAGUUGAAUGUUGCUCUGAUUUGUUCUGUAUCCAAAACAAAUAAACUCUUGUCCUUUUAA